AGGUAUUCAUUCCAUGGCCCAUUGGAACUCUCCCAUCUCGUUCCUCAAUUUAUUCAUCUCGCUCUCUCGAUCGCCUCGCGUCACCUCGACUCGACUUCAACAAAUUCCAACUGCACACUCUUCGAAGGGAGGCGCAAGAUUCGUCGCAUCUCGAUCUCUCUCGCGCUGAUCUCGCACACAUUUCUUUCGCCCCAGCUAUUCUUCGAUCGAGCGUUGCUCGAAUUGCUGCCCGCGUUUCUUCUCUAUUAGGGUUUGGUCGGGUGCCGAGGGGAUGGCGCAGAGCGGGAAGCUGAUGCCGAAUCUGGACCAGAACAACACCAAGGUCCUCAACCUUACGGUACUGCAGCGCAUCGAUCCCUUCGUGGAGGAGAUCCUUAUGACCGCCGCACAUGUCACCCUCUACGAGUUCAGCAUCGAGCUCAACCAGUGGAGUCGUAAAGAUGUUGAAGGAUCCUUUUUCGUCAUCAAGAGGAAUACACAACCCAGAUUUCAGUUCAUCGUGAUGAAUAGACGUAACACAGAUAAUCUGGUUGAGGAUCUUUUGGGGGAUUUUGAGUAUGAAGUCCAGGUUCCAUAUCUUUUAUACCGAAAUGCAGCUCAAGAAGUCAAUGGCAUAUGGUUUUACAAUUCACCAGAUUGUGAAGCAGUGGCAAAUCUUUUUAGCAGGAUACUGAAUGCCUAUUCAAAAGUACCUCCAAAACCUAAGGUCUCUUCUAAAAGCGAAUUUGAGGAGCUUGAAGCUGUACCCACUUCAUCUGUCAUUGAAGGCCCUCUUGAGCCAACAACAUCAGCUACACCAACUCCUAGUGUCCCUGAUGAUGCUUUUAUGAACUUUUUCAGUAAUGCUAUGAACAUGGGAAACACAUCAAAUUCAUCAAUUAGUGGCCAGCCACCUCUUGCCUCUGCACCAGCUCCGGUUGUUACUCAGGCGGCAAGUCUUAUCCCAACUGCAUUGCCAACUACUCAGUCCAUUCUUGUUCCCUCAGCUUCACCAAUUCCUCUAAUGCCACCUCUGGAAAACCUUGAAUCUUGCAAUGGAAAUAGCACGCAGGCUACAAAUCUAGUGAAACCUUCAUUUUUCUCACCAGCUGUGUCUUCUGCACUACUAGUACCUCCAGUGUCAUCCUCGGUUUUAACUGCUCCUCCCUUCCAUCCUCCAGUUGCAAUGCAGCGGCCAUAUGGAACUCCAUUACUUCAACCCUUUCCACCACCUGCCCCAUCUGCAUCUCUCACUCCUGUUCCAAACCUUGCACCAGUUAUCACGAGAGACAAAGUCCGUGAUGCACUAUCGAGGCUUGUUCAGAAUAAUGAUUUCAUCGACAUCGUCUAUCGAGAGAUGCUAAAUGCACAUUAUUCAUGAACAAUCAGACAUUGGUGAAUGGGGUUGAGCCUGGUCCACUGCAUCAUGCGGCCGUUUCUUGUAGUUCCUGUAAAAAAUUACCUAUCAGUGAAGGCACAAGGAACUUCUGUUACUAUUAUCUUUUGCAAUUUGUAUAUGGAUGGAAUACUGCAAUCUCUCACUUUCUGUGUUGUGUUAUUCAUAAUCUAGUGGGUUUUUGUUGGUUAAAA